UGUCGCGAAAAGAGAAUUGCUGUAUGAUAAUAUCAGCUGAUAAUCGGCAAGGAUGCGAAAAGUAUAAAAGUUAAGAGAUAAGAAGAGUUGGAUCAUCAUGUUGAUAUCUUAAAAACACUCUUCUGACUCUAAUGGAGGAAUCCGCUCGUGUCGGCUGGGUCAUUCCGCGGCGAUGCGGCGGAUUCCAAGAAUAACGGAGCGCGAAACUUAUUAAGGUGGCGGGCUACGCCUCGGAAAGUCUACAACGUUAGCGGGUUUCGUUCAGGAAUCGUGAUGUGACUGAUCGACACUUGAAAAUGCCUUGCGGCUCGAUGGCAUCAAUGUAUCACGUCCGUCAUCCUUUAACGGACGUUCGUGAGAAGCUAAUACAACGACUGUUAGCUGACAUUUUAAGGUGCGACUUAUUCAGAGUUUCGUUAGGAUUUGCAGUUUAAUGGACAUUGGGUACACAACAUGGAACUAAGAAAGCGACCGAACGAUCUUUUUAUUCGCAUCUUCGGAUGAUUAUCAAGUGUAGUUUUAUAAAUUGAUUAGAAUUGCCGUAUUUCGAGACUUGUGAAACGCGAGAACUUAAGAGGCCGGCACAGAAUCGGCAUGAGCAACAGCGAAGGCGUGGUGACGGGCCCAGGUUCCGGUAACGAUCGUUUGUGCGAGGACGUCGACAUGGCUACUCCGACGUCAGCAUCUUCGAAUCUAAAGCCACGAAGCGGCAAGAUCAGCUUCAGCGUCGAUGCCCUGCUAAGUGGCACGAAGAAGAGUGCCAUCGGCGGCACUUUCGCGACCAGGCGAGAUAACGAUGAUAGAAUGGAUACUGAAAAAAAUAUUGAGAUAGAGGCAAGGUAUCGAGAGCUCCUAAUAGAACAGCAGAGACUUCAGAGCAGAGAACUACUUGCUAGGUUGAGUCCUCACGGUCUCGCCGGCUUCGGUAAUCAUCACCACCAUCAUCAUCCGAACAGACUCGAGCAAGAUCACCCGCCCGCUCGCCAAGAGAUGCUUACAGUAAAGGAUUUCUCUAGGACGAGCCACGACAAGUCGUCCUCGCCUAUCAGAAUAGACCAGGAGAUUCCGAGAGACCGACUGACGACCAAUUCGCCGAGUGGGAUCGGUGAGACGAUGCUCCAACGAGAACAAGAGCAUAUUCAGGAAGAAGACGAAAGGAUCGACAGGAUCACCAAUCCGAGAUCUGUAUCGCCCGCGAGCAGACGAGAGAUUCUCGACGAUCGUAGUGAUUCCGAAGCGAAUCGCUCGUUGGAAGGAGACCGUACGACGGAUCAUUUGGAUCUUGAGGACCAUGAGAUAAGAAGCGUCGGCCAGUCUGAGGAUCUAAAUGUGAUGGACUCGGAUUGCGAAUUGGAGAGGGACCUGGAAACUAGCCAGGAGAAGGAGGAGAAGUCUAGCCCGGUAGUGCCUCAGCCGAUUCAUCCCGGAGUGCAAAGGCCCUCGCAAGGCCCGCCGUAUCUCGCUGGAGCACCCGGCGCUCCCGGUUGGAACCCCGCGGGAUUUCCGCAUUCUCUGGCGGGGUUCGCGUGGCUGCCCCCACCCCCGCAUCCGCACAAUCCUCAUGGACAUCUUUACACGCCACAUGGUGGACCUACUAGCCCGAACGGGGACUUAAGAUUGCCAGGACCCGGACCAGGCCCGGUUAGGUGCACCCUCAGAAAGCAUAAACCGAACCGGAAGCCGAGAACGCCGUUCACGACGCAGCAGCUGUUAUCGCUUGAAAAAAAGUUUCGCGAAAAACAGUACUUAACGAUAGCCGAAAGAGCGGAGUUCUCGUCGUCUCUUCACCUCACGGAAACGCAGGUGAAGAUCUGGUUUCAAAACCGAAGAGCCAAGGCGAAGCGGCUUCAGGAGGCGGAAAUAGAGAAGCUAAGACUAUCCGCGAGGCCCCUGCUGCACCCCAGUUUCGGAUCGGGGCUGAUGUUCUCUGGGGUGGGCCCGCCUGGUACCCCAGGAGUACCUCCUUUCAUUGCAGCUGCCAUGGCUAGGCACACCCAUGCCGCAGCAGCGGCGGCCAUGUUCAUGGGGCCGCCUGGGCACCGACCUUAAUAAUGAUAUUCCAAGAUAUAAUACGCGUGUAAUUCGAAAUCAUUCUUAAUGUCAUCGUCUGAAGAUCCAACCUGCUCACAAAUGGGAUCCGAUAACGCAGAAUCUAUGAAUUGUCAAGAAUUCAUGGAGAUAUGAAAAUCUGCACAUUUAUUUAAGAAUCCGAGAGAGAAUCCAAACUCCGGGAAUUUAAUUCCAGACGAUACUCGCACGAUAAUUUCGAGAAAAUUAGAAUUCGAGAAAGCGAGGAUUUACGAAGAUAACGAAAAACCUAAGAACUUUGGAGAUUUAAAAGCUAAAGAGAUCGAAAAUUUGGAGAUUCAAGAAAGCAAAUGCUAAAAAUUUAGAACUCAAGAUUUCGAAAACUUCAGAAACCGAAAAGCUGAAAAAGUCUAAUAAAAUAAUUAAUAAUAAAUCCAUAAAACGGAUUUUAAGUGAUCUUUCUUUUACGUGAAGCAGGAAAAUUGCCUGAAGUUUUUCAGCCACUCUUAUUUAUUAGUCCACCUUCCGUUCGAGUUUAAUUGUCCAAUCUUCUACCGAUACCAAGGAUAUUGGGAUCUACCAUUUAACGUUGGAAGUCGAAAUUGGCUAGGAAUGGUUAUAUAGUGACAAUACUUGCGCGUUAAUCCGGACGGCUUAUCUCCAGAGGAAUACAGAUAAUCUGAAUUUCAAUACGUUAAGUCCGAAACUAUCGUUUGGGAGACUUGUAGCUUGAAGAAACAUCGUCGCGUAAAUUUCUCGAGACGAUGGAAUACGUAUAUAUUGGCGCCUCGAGAGGUGCACGAAACUUUGAUCUCA